GCUGGAGUUCCGUUGGGGCACAGAUGAGCAGGAGCAGCGAGUAUGGCAGGUCCCAGUAGGAAGGAAAUGUUGAGGUUUCUCAGCCAGUUAGGGGCGUUUAUUUUGACCCGGUUCGGAUUCUGGAACUGCUUCUGUAUGCUGAUGCUGUUUGCCGAACGAGCGGACUCAAAAAGGAAGCCGGACAUCCAUGUCCCCUACCUGUAUGUGGACAUGGGGGCUGCUGUCCUCUGCGCCAGCUUCAUGUCUUUCGGUGUGAAGAGAAGAUGGUUCGCUAUGGCUGCCGCCGUCCAGCUGGCCGUCAGCACCUACGCUUCAUACAUCGGAGAACAGGUGUAUUAUGGGGACUGGCUUAAGGUACGGAUGUACUCCAGAGCUAUGGCCAUCAUUGGAGGCUUCCUGGUUCUGGCCAGCGGAGCGGGAGAAGUUUACCGACAGAAACCUCGCAGCAGGUCCAUGCAGUCCACAGGGCAGGUGUUUCUGGGAGUCUAUCUCAUCUGCAUGGUGUACUCCCUCCAGCACAGCAAAGAGGACCGGCUGGCCUACCUGAACCACAUCGUCGGGGGAGAGGUGACCCUGAUGCUGCUGGAGGUGCUGUUCGGGGUCCUGGCUCUGGCCUUCCUGUCCGGCUGCUACAUCCGUCUGGCGGCUCAGAUUCUGGCCACCGUCCUGCCUCUGGUCGUCCUGCUCAUCGACGGCAACGUGGGCUACUGGCACCACACCCGCAAGGUGGAGUUCUGGAACCAGAUGAAGCUGAUCGGACACAACGUCGGCAUCUUCGGCGCCGUGCUGAUCCUGGCCACCGACGGCUGAACCCUCGGGGGGGUUUUCACAGACGACUUUUCUAGGCUGAGGAGUUCUUACGCAGGAGGAGAUUAUUGAUCUUUCUGUUUCUGGUGACGCCUCAGGAUUGAAUCACUCCGGGACGAGACGGUUGGAUGUACGCUGCAUCGAUUGUCCUCGCCUGCUAGCUGGUAACUUUCGCUUUUACAGGAAAAAGAGAAACACAAGUUUCCUUUUUUUUUUGCAAUUUUAAUUAUUUAUUUAAAUUUAUGUUUACACGUUUUGUUUCUGUUUUGACACUGAGAAUCAGGGGUACUGUAAAUCUACAGGGAAGUUUUACUCCAAAAAAAGAAGUCUUAAACAGUGUAAUCACUUUUUACAGUAUAAUGGUUUCAGUAUUUUACAAAUAAAGGGAAACUUAGACUCACCAGCCACUUUAUUAGGUUGAUUUGUGAAAUCUGAUGCAUUCACACAGAGGAGUUCUGCUAUAAACUCUUUGCAUUUUUGAAGUUUCUGUUGUGAAAAAGGUUAUUCUCCAUUAUUACUGAGGUCAUAGUGGGUGGUGGACUGGAUAGAACUGAACUGACAUACAAAUAUUAGAAACCCUUAAAUGUCCAGUACACCACAGCCACACGCUUUGACCUCAGUAACAAGGUAGAAUCGACUUAAAUUUAGAAAAUACGUCUAUGGCAGAGCUGUUGUGUUGGAUUUUAGGGGACAGCAGACCACAGAACUCCUGGUUUGGAUGUAAAAUAAUCCUUUAACUGUCACUGUCAGCUGUUUCCAACAUGUUGGUUCAUCUAAACGGAAAAUUGUUGUCAAAGAUUAUGCAAAAACAUGCCAAAUAUCAUGAAAAUUCAACAGUUGGAGCGUGACCAGUAAGAUUUAGCAUAUCCAAAUCUUAUUCUUUAAAACUGUGAGCUAAGACAGAGGGACUACUUUCUUAGUACACCUUUAACUUUAUAAAGUAUGCACGGCAGUAAAACUGUAUGAUCUGUUUGCUUGUAGAAGUUUACAUGCGUGACAGACCUGUAGAGGUCGACUAGCGUCGCUGAUGCCACUAAUUGGAUUGCAUUAGAUUUCACAGCUUCACUGAAUGAAGCUGCCGGUGAGGGGAUGUUGUAUUGCCAAUGAAACAGGAGGGCUAUGCUUAUUGCUUUUAACUCGUGCGUACAUGACUGUAAGUAGGUUUUCAUUAAUAAACACAGCUUUUGUAUCUUC